GAACGGACGCGAUCCGGACGCCCGAGCUGCAGAUCCUGCCGUCGCAGGCGGUGCAGACCAAGCCGAUCGGCAAGAACGUGCUGCUGACGUGCAAGGCCAACGUGGAGAACAUGCCGCUGCUCACGGAGAUGCAGUGGCUCGACCCCAACAACAGGACCAUCCUUAACAACGAUGUGAUGUACACGAGCAGCCCGCAGCGCAUGCACACGGAGCAGAUGCCCAGCGCGCUGGCCCUCAUCAUCCCCUCCCUCAGAGAGACCGAGGCCGGCCUCUACACUUGCACGGCCACGUACGCCAACUCGGAGAAGCUCUACAAGUCCGUGAAGAUCGAGACUAUCG